AUGAGCCUCCAACUGACGCCGGAGAAGCCCAUCGGCAGAGCACCAGGAACGCUGCAGGGCAUCAAGACCAUCGUAACGGCUUCUUGGUUGAACGUCCUGCUCGUCUUUAUACCAGUGUCGUGGGCGUGCAAUUUCGCAUUGGAUGACUCGAAUAAAAGCGAGACGCUCAUCUUCGUCUUCUCGUUCCUCGCCAUCAUUCCCCUGGCGAAGCUGCUUGCAUUCGCUACGGACGAGCUGUCUAUACGCGUAGGCCAGACGCUCGCCGGGCUCCUGAACGCCACUCUGAUCAUUGCGCUAGCGCACUGUGAACUUUCUGUCGUCCAAUCAUCAUUGGUCGGCUCUAUCCUCAGCAAUUUGCUGCUCGUCCUGGGAAUGUGUUUCUUCGCGGGCGGUGUCAAGUUCUCAGAACAGGGCUUCGGCAUGAGUGCGUCUAACCAUGGCUGUGCGCUGCUUCUUACACUGACAAGCCGUCCCUCUCGCCAUCGCAUCCGCGCCACACAGCUCAACUCAUCAUUGCUAACGGUGUCAGUCAUCGCGGUCCUGCUGCCCGCUGCAUUCCACUCGGUAGCGGGUUCUGUAAUUGCCGAUGACACAGAGGGUCCCGACAUUCUCGCAUUUAGCCGCGGGGCUGCGGUUAUUUUGCUGUUCAUAUACGGCUCGUAUCUCGUCUUCCAGCUCUUCUCGCACAAGUCGCUCUACGAGGACAACGGCUCCGAUGUGUUCGUGUCUACCAGGUAUGCCACUCGCCCGCAAUCGGACAAACCUCGCCGGCGCUGGUUACCCGCGCGAUUCAAGUUCCCGCGCAGCGCCAAUAACAGCGCGGAGCCGUUGACGCCGACGGCGGAGGGGGUGAAGAGCGAGGACGGCAUGCAGUACGAGAUGAAAGAUCGAACCGGCAAUGCUGAGAAUGUGGGGGACGCCGCGAGGUGUUCGAGCCCGAGUUCUGCUUCGGGCAGCGAGAGGGAAAACCUGAAUAGAGAUGUGGAAGCGCAGCGCGAGAGCGAUGCGGAGAAGGAGGAGGAGGAGGAGACGCCGCAAUUGAGCAUUCCUGUGACGGUUGCGUUGCUGGUGAUCGUCACCGUGCUCGUUGCAGUGACGGCGGAAUGGCUCGUGGACUCGAUCGAUGGCCUGACAGAUUCAGGCGUGAUUGGCAAGGAGUUUGUCGGACUCAUCCUGCUCCCUAUUGUUGGAAACGCGGCGGAGCACGUCACGGCUGUGACGGUAUCGGUCAAGGAUAAGCUCACGCUCAGCUUGGGUGUUGCAGCCGGGUCGAGUAUCCAAAUUGCGCUGUUCGUGAUUCCAUUCACGGUGGUGCUGUCGUGGAUUAUGGGCAAGCCCCUCACGAUGCUGUUCGACCCGUUCGAGAGCAUAACGCUCUUCCUAGCUGUGCUCGUCGUGAACUACACCGUACAAGAUGGGAAGAGCAAUUGGCUAGAAGGAAUGAUCUUGAUGUGCCUCUAUGUUAUUAUCGCAGUAACCUUCUGGUACUACCCAGGUACGUAUCAUUCGCUUCGCUCUUCCUCUUGCAUAGACUGA